AGGGGUUUUUAUCUGAACUGUUAAUCUAAAUCCAUUGUACCUGGCUGGAAAAGACCCUGUGUGCAAUACUCCCUGCACUUGCUGCCUCCUCGCUUGAAUGUCUAUUAGCACCUUCCUUCCCACUCCCUUGAGUCCCCUCUGACAGGUAGAAUACAUAACUUCCAUUUGAAAGCCUUUGAGAAAAAAAAAUAUGUUGUCAAGGGAAACUCUUCUAGCAUUUCUUAUAGAUAUGCUUGAUCUGUUUUUAUAUUUUUUUUUUGCUGUCAUAAAUGCAUGUAUCAGACAUUUUUCUCCAACACAGCACAGAUAUUCAAUUGAAUGCCCAACACCCAGCUCACACUGGGCUUGUGUAAUUCUGAUGGUUGUCUCAAAAUAGCUUACAAUAUAUUUCAACAUUUAUCAGAGAGAGACUGGCUUUAUCUGUUCCAUUUUUCCAAUCAUUUGUGGAAAUUUUGGGUUAACUAAAGGAAAAUUUUGCAAAUUCACUUUAUUCCAGACAGGCACAUUUGUAUUCUCUCUCCGUUGUGCUUUAAAAUCAAAAAUCACCCAACCUUCCUAAUGUGAGCUUCUGUUUCCCACCUGAUAGCCCUGCAAAUGUGAGUGGGGAGCACACUUUGGUGAUCCAACAGGGACAUCACGCCCCGUCUCAGUUCAAACCCCAGUUUUGUUCUAAAGCUGAGCUUAGCUGGUCGUGAAACAAGUAGGCAACAGAGUUAUAAAACUAUUAAUUGCUGCUUUAGGUUCCUAGAUGAAAGCUGUAUGUGGGCAGAAAUAAUUUGUUCUGUUCAGAAGUGAACAUCAGAAAGGAGCAUCUGUGGUGGUUCGUGACCCUUCUCCUCACUCUGCUUCUGGCACAGGAGCAAUGGAGGGAUUUCCCUGGGGUACAAAGGCUUGCAGGGUCCUGACACCCACCUUUUUCUUUUGAGCUGGGAGAGAGGUGGGAGCCAGCUCCCUCCUGGCCCCCAGGCUUUGGCAGGGCCCACCCAGAGCCACAGCUGUGCACUGGGGAUGGUCCUGCUGAGCUGGAGCAUCGCUCCGGGCUUGUCCUGCUGUCCUGGGCUGCCCUGCGCCUCAAAAACACCUUGCCUUUGAUUUUGGUGGCACUUGGCCUGACCUCACAGAGUGGCUGCUCUAUAGGGAGAGAGUCUGAAUCUGUUUUGGGGACAAGCUGGAUCCCACAGAGGCACCCCCAGGGCCCUGUCUGUGUGUGUUUGUAGCCUGAAUGCAUGAGCAUCCUUCUGGAAGGAAGCUGGAUUAGUCAUCCACACCCCACAGAUGGGCUGUGUGAUGUCUUCUCUGGAAAAGCUAAUCUGUCACUGAAAUUCCAGUUUAUCCCCGAAAAAGAGUGUUUACGUCCCUUUUUCUCCCUUGCUUUUUUCUUAAGCAUUGAAAGAGUUGAUCCUUCUCUUUCUUCCCUCCCCUUUCAAGACAAUGAGCCCAUUAAGCUCUGAGGUUUAUCACGAGCGGUUGCCUCCUCCAGACGUGGUGUAAUGGAAGCGCUGGCGUUGUGGUGCAAAGCUGUGUCUUUAAGGAGCCCUGGCUGGGAGGUGCAGUGGAGUUACCAGAUGCCUCUGCCAGGCUAUUUCACACAAAUCUGGCAUUUGCUGCACCCACAGCCCCUCUCUGCUUAAAAACAAACCUCUGGGGUUUAACCACUGCUCCGUUACCUGUCUCUAAAAGUUUGAAAAAUUCUAUGGGUGACAAAAGGCAGGAAAAAUGUAAUUCCUCAACCAAGAGACCAAAGCAGUGUCCCUCAACACCCACCACCCCAUGCCAGGAGCAGGGGGACCCCAUGAAUACAGGGCUGCUCUGUGCAUCCCCAGGUGUUCUGAUGAAUAAGAAAGGUGAAAAAAUCUGAUUUCAAGGUGAUGCAGAAAGAUCACAAACCUUUUAUUUGCCUUUUUUUGCUCCUAGUCAAGACAGGUGAAUGCAUCUGAAGGUGUGGGAAUGCUUCUCUUUCUUAGAUGCUUUAACUGCUUCUCAUUAGAAGAUGGAAUUUCUGCUGCAUGGAAAAGCCCAGCUCCCUGAAACUUAUAAAUUCCUAAAACACAGUAGAAAUCAAAACUUUGGGUUUUUAUUUCCCCACUGACAUACAGAUUCAGUCAUCGAUGAUUCUGAAUAAUGCUUUUGUUAUGUUUCAACAUUAUAAAAAUAAUGUUAAUAUUUUACAUGACAGAACACACAAGAGGAAACAAAACAGGCAGUUGAAUUGUUUUGACACUUCUUCCUCUGAAAUUCUCCCUAAAACUGAUACCUCCUCUGACAACACUUUGAUUUUGGCAAAACUGCCUGUGCUGCUGGGAGAAUUGCACCAUCUGAGGACUUUUUGACCGGGUCUAAUUAGCAGCGUAGGUAGUGGGGCUACAAAGCACUUUGGCAGAAUCACAGCAGCGGUGAUUUGAUGAGAUCUAAUUUUUCCUCAGGGAUGCUCUUUGGGGGAUAAAUCCUCUCUUCAGUGACUAAUUACCUGUUUGAACAAGGAGAGCCCCAUGGAGGAGGUGCUGGAGGUGCAGUAAACUGCCUUCUUUAGGCAUUAACGACCUGCAAAGGGAGAAACUUUAAGAGGUGGAACCAGCUCCUGCUCUGCUGAUCAUGGUCAACAAGACCUUAAAUUACUGGGGUCCCAGUUUUGAGGAGGACGUUAUCAACAUCAACGUGGGGGGUCUGAGGAGGCGGCUCAGCUCCAGCGCCCUCUCCAAGUUCCCCGACACGCGCCUGGGGCGCCUGCUGUCCUGCGACUCGGAGGAGUCCAUCCUGCAGCUCUGCGAUGACUACGACGUGAGCGCCAGGGAGUUCUACUUCGACAGAAACCCCGGCUUCUUCCUCUACGUCCUCCACUUCUACCAGACGGGGAAGCUGCACGUCAUGGAGGAGCUGUGCGUCUUCUCCUUCUGCCAGGAGAUCGAGUACUGGGGCAUCAACGAGUUCUUCCUGGACUCCUGCUGCAGCUACCGCUACCACGAGCGCAAGCUGGAGAGCCGGCACCACAACUGGGACGAGGAGAGCGAGGUCAGCAGCGUGGACACGUCCCCCGAUGAGAUCUCUGACAUCAACCACGACCUGCUGCGGUACAGCACCCUGCGCUGCGGCAACGCGCGCAAGCGGCUCUGGCUCACCAUGGAGAACCCCGGCUACUCCAUCCCCAGCAAACUCUUCAGCUUCGUGUCCAUCAGCGUGGUGCUGGUUUCCAUAGCCACCAUGUGCAUCCACAGCAUGCCCGAGUACCAGGAGGUGGAUGAGAACGGCAAUGUGCUCGAUGAGCCCAUCCUGCACAAGUUGGAGUAUUUCUGCAUCUCCUGGUUCACCUUCGAAGUGUCUUCCCGCCUCCUGCUCUCCCCCAACCCCAGGAAGUUCUUCAAGCACCCGCUGAACCUGAUUGACAUUGUCUCGGUGCUGCCCUUCUACUUCACCCUCCUGGUGGACGUGACCAUGGGCAGUGACUCAGAGCUGGGCAACCUGGGCAAGGUCGUGCAGGUCUUCCGUCUCAUGAGGAUAUUCCGAGUGCUGAAGCUGGCUCGGCACUCCACUGGACUGAGGUCACUGGGGGCCACCUUGAAGCAUAGCUACCGGGAGGUGGGGAUCCUGCUGCUCUACCUGGCCGUGGGGGUCUCUGUCUUCUCUGGAGUGGCCUACACUGCCGAGAAGGAGGAAGACGUUGGCUUCGACACCAUCCCAGCGUGCUGGUGGUGGGGCACGGUCAGCAUGACCACCGUGGGCUACGGCGACGUGGUGCCCGUCACGGUGGCGGGGAAGCUGGCUGCCUCGGGCUGCAUCCUGGGGGGCAUCCUGGUCGUGGCACUGCCCAUCACCAUCAUCUUCAACAAGUUCUCCCACUUCUACCGCAAGCAGAAGGCGCUGGAGGCGGCCGUGAGGAACAGCGGGAAGAAGGACCACGAGGAGGUGGAGAGCAUCUCCAGCCGCGACCGAGAGGACUCGGAGGCCCUGAGCGAGACCUCCCUGGACAGAGGCAGCCCUGACCGCCGUGGUCUGACCCCUGGCACCCACCCCAGCCCCUGAGCCACCGUUCCGUGGCGCUGGGGCCCGUGGGACCUGCUUGCUCACGGCGAGCACGGCACGGCUGCUGCAGCGGGACAUGGCGGAGGAGCCGGGCUCUCCCCGUCCUGCACCACGGCUGGCAUCGCCCCGGCCCUGCCAAGGACAGCAGGGGUUGGAGGAGAUGCCCAGUGGGUGCUGGCUGCUUCCAGCCCCCGGGAUGCGGCGACUGGGUCUGCCUGGAUGUGUUUUAGCCUUCACCCUGCUCCCCCCUGGCUGCAAAUGGAGGCUGCGGUGCUGGACAUACUCCCACCAAAAGGGGGGAGGGAGAAAAAAGAAAUAAAGGUGACCCCUUACCAGGCACUGCCCCAGCUAGGUAGAGGGGGAUUUUCCUCUGCCAGGAGGUUGUGUGUUGUCCAGGGUGAGGCUAAAUAGCUCGAGGGUGAGGCAGCCUCUCACCAAGCUGGCUGCCCUUGCAGGUCCUCUGCCAGGUCAGCAUCAACUCCAGCCCCAGCCUUGUCCUACCCCCUGCUGGAAACAGCCUCAAAAGGCUCAACUGGCCCCCCAGCCAUAAAGGAAAGGGGGCUGGAAGUGAGUCUGUAUAAGGGGAGAGGUGGUGACAGCUCAGGGUGAGCCUCACUGUCCUCAGUCCCUGCAGUGGGGUUGACUGGACCUCACUUUCCUUGCAGCUGGGGUUUAUCUGCUCGCCUGCACUGCCACUGCUGGGAUCCCCAGGGAUCUGGGGCUGGGGCAUGGCAAAGCCAGGAGCACUGCCCAUGCAGGGGGGCACCAGCCAGGGAUGACCAGCCAAAGGAAUGUUGUCCUCUGAGCAGCCGAAGGGGAUCAAGCUGGGGGAACUGAGGAGCCAUCCCCAGUGGGGCUCUCCCCACAAUCCCUUCCCUCCACGGUGCUCCUAUGCCAUGGGAGCCCAGGGGCUGCAGCAGGUCAUGGUGGGGUAGAAGACACAACCAAAGCCAGCCGGGUUUGGCAUACAGCCUGUUCCCCCUCACCACAGCCCCCAGCCUGGCUUCAUUCUGCCUCUUCCCUCCUUGCCUCAGGGCCAGGCAGGGGCAGGAGGGCUGUAAGGAGUGGGGGGUCACACUGCCCUGGGUGUCCUCGCUGUCCCCCAGGGAGCUCAGCUCCCCGGGGGAUGAUGCACUCACCUUCCCUCUGCCCGGAGGGGGCACCCCCACGUCCGUGGGACAGAGGAGACCUUGCACUGCUCCUCGGUGACCAAGCACCUCACAGCCGGGCAGGGAGGUCUGCCUGGAGCACCAGACUGCCCUCCUGCCUGGACCCCCAGCCCACCUGAGCACAUUCAGGGUUGCUCCCAGCACAGCAUUAAUUCCCUGUGGAGUUUUUCCUUGCCCCCAUGGUUCUCUGUUUGGAAGCUGUGCAGCUCUGUUGUGCACAGAGGAACACACCCAGCAAUGCCUGUUCUGAGCAGGGGGAAUGUGCAUCCUGCAAUCCCCAAAUCAACUCAAAACCACGUUGGUGGCUGCAGGAUGACCCCAGGUACCUGGAUCACGGGGUUUGCUGCUGGCUGUCCUGGCUGGGUGUUGGCACAGCCACAGCUGCCGGUGCUGGAUCUGCUGAUCACGGGCAAGGAAAGCCAAACCAACGCCAGUGCAGGUCCAGCCUUUCUGAACCCCAGUGGGACUUGGGGAGGGUCCCCAAGGACCUGUGGUGUGGGAUCGGAGGGUGUUCACGCUUCUGGCAUCAUCAAGUCUUCCAGUAUCGAUGGUUUGUGGUCUGCUCUGCGCCCAGUCCUGCUCUGAGCUGGGGCUGGGGAGUGGCUCUGUCCGCUCCGACCGGCUCCUGCUGCACUGUUACUUGAAUAAAGGAAGGAGUUUCCCUUUCUCACCAUAAAUAUUCCAGUAGCAAAAUGUAUUAAAAUGUGAAGAGUAAAUUACAUCUAUUAAUGAAAAAGCAUUAUGCAAAUAAUUAGGAGCAUGUAAAUUAAUUUUAUAUCUAUGCAUGGGAUGCAUACUGUAUAUUUUAUUAAAGACCUCAGUGACCUGCUGUG